AUGCAAUCUACACAGUCCAGCACUCAAUUCACUGGAGGUUCACCACUUAUAGUCGCCAGUCAAGCAUUUGGACAAUCAUCAUCAACAACAACAACAACUGUGCCAUCACUAUCUCUAACAUCACAGCCACUACCACAACUUCAACAACUACAACCUACUGGAACUCCAUUGACCUUUACAUUGGCAUCAAAUGUUUCAUCUUCGUCAUCGUCAUCUUCAUCUUCGUCAUCUUCUUCAUCAAACACUGUGACACAACAUCAGAGACUUGCUGCCAAACUUCCUCCAAAGAAAGACAUUGCAGUUGAUAGGGCAGAGAUCAUACAGUUCCAAACGCCAGGACAUCAAUCCACACUUCUAGUAUCCAACCUCCCAAAGACAGUGACCACCUCUCAGAUAAAUGAACGAUUCUCCCCAUAUGGCCUGAUACAUGACAUCAUCUCCUAUGAAGGUUGGUACUUGGUCAAGUAUUACUCAAAGAUUGCUGCACAGAGAGCUUAUAAUGAUUGUUAUGGCACUGAAGAGUUUGGAUCUCCGAUGAGGAUAUCAUUCUCAAAGCGUGUGGACUCGGUGGAACUGCGUCAUGAUCAGAUGGUCAACUUGAUCAAUCAUUAUGUUGGCUUCUCAUCAUGGUCCACACAGAUUAUCAGUCUUUUACAAGUGGCCUACAUCAACAACUCGGAGAAACAACGCGAGAUGCACGAGAGCGACAUGAUGCCCAUUGAGGAGAUGCUGGCACUUGGUCUCGUGCCUCACGAGCACUGCUAUGAGUUCCACACAACGGUGCGCAUGCGACUCAAAGAUAGACGAACUUUCGAUGCCGUGGGCAUUGGCAUGGUGGACUCUCCCAAUCGUUUGGACUCUUAUAACUUCUCACGCAAGGCAUCCAUCACCAAUGCUAGGAAAGCAUUGUUUUCCAACUUGGCCAUUGUGAUUGUGGACGAUCAAAUACUAUUACACAUUGUCAAUCAAUCAAUUGAUGAUCAAUGGGAAGCACAACGUGAUGGAUUAAACAAGAAGAUGAGGUUGGAAGAUGCUCCAUUCGAUCCAUUCGAUCCAAAGCUCAAUGAAGAGUUCCAUCAAAUUCAAGAGGCCAAAUUAUUGGAACAACAACAACUUCAACAACAACAAAUGUUGUUGGAGCAAGAGCAACUGCAGGCGCAGGUACAAGUACCUGAUCAAAUGCAACAAUAA